CUGUGGCCAAACACUCCAUUCAAUAAAUAUAUCGAUUUCAAUCGACUAGCUUACGAUAACACACGCUACAAAUUAUAACAUCUUGUCACCACCCUUCCCCACUACAUAUAAUUUAUGUGCAACGCUUGUAUUUCUUUAUGAGAAUUCAAUUUAAAUAUAAAUAUUUCGAAAAAGAUGUUUGCGUUAACAAUCAUAUUCAUAUUCGAUUCUUCUUCUUCUUCGUUGCGACCUACUACGCAUGGAGAAAGAUGGGUUCUUGACCAGUGAAAUCUACUUUCAGUUUCUUCUGUGGAAACCUGCAAAUUGAGAGUGAAUUCUUAUUCUUAAAGAGGGUUUUCUCCAGUAUUAUCAAAGGUAGCAACUCAUUGAGUUCUACUGACAAACAGUUAUAACAGAAUGAAUUUCGCAUCGACACAAUUUGUUCCCUCAAGAAGGAUGGGUAUAUGUGAGCCUCUGCCUCAAAUAGGCAUGUGGAGUGAUUAUAAAGAAAAUAACUAUCUAGACACAUCUACACCAGCUAUUUUGGAGGUCGACUCUAGAUUUGACAAUCAGGUGCAGUUUGUAUUAUUUAUCAUUUGCAUGCAUUGCCUUGUGUUCUUUGGACACAUGUUAAUCAACUUGUGUGUUAUAUAUGUCCAGUCAGAGGAUACUUCACAUGGAAUAGUAGAACCUUCCAAUAAAUAUGAUCAAGAAGUGAGUAAAACAAAUGAUAAGCAACUGAGACGCCUAGCACAGAACCGCGAGGCUGCUCGCAAAUGUCGUCUGCGGAAAAAGGCUUAUGUUCAGCAAUUAGAAAAUAGUAAAUUGAGACUUAUGCAGCUAGAACAGGAGCUUGAACGAGCUCGACAACAGGGAUUGUAUGUAGGUGGUGGAUUAGAUACUGGUCAGUUAGGCUAUUCAAGAACGACAAACCCAGGUAUUGCUACUUUUGAAAUGGCGUAUGGACACUGGGUGGAAGAACAAAAUAAGAAAACCGCUGAUUUGAGGAAUGCUUUGUGUUCUGACAUUACAGAUUUGGAAUUGAGCAGUUUUGUUGACGAUGGCAUGAACCACUAUUUUGAUCUCUUUUUAAUGAAAGAAACAGCUGCAAAGGCUGAUGUAUUCUACCUUAUGUCUGGCAUGUGGGAAACAUCAGCUGAACAUUUUUUAUCGUGGAUUGGGGGCUUUCGGCCAUCAGAGCUUUUAAAGGUUCUCGAGCCACAUCUUGGCCCCUUAACUGAGAAACAAAGUUUGGAGCUUUCUAACCUUAAACAAUCAUGUCAGCAAGCAGAAGAUGCUUUGUCACAGGGAUUGGAGAGACUCCAUCAAAUUCUCUCCGAGACUGUAGCCGAUGGUCUACUGGGGGAAGGGAACUACCUCCCGCAGAUCAAUGCUGCAUUGGAGAAAUUAAAAGCUAUGGUGAGGUUUGUGGGCCAGGCAGAUCAUCUUCGCAAAGAAACAUUGCUACAGAUUUCUCGGAACCUUAACAAUCGGCAAGCAGCUCAGGGCCUCCUUGCUCUAGGGGAGUAUUUUCAGCGUCUUCGGGUUCUAAGUUCUUUUUGGACUUCUCGUCCUCGCGAAUCAUCGUAAUAUCCUUCAUCAGCUAAAUCUGCUUAAUGUCUAGUAUACAUAUGAAAAUUAGCUGCUGCCAUUUUUUGGUCUUCCUAUGAUUGAGAAGUAAAUAUGAUUAGGUAGCCUAUCAAGAGGGAGUUUGCAAAUGCUUUUUCGUUCUCCUUUUUUCCGGUUACUUUUCUUUUUCUUCUUCUUUUUUGCUUGCUUUGUUGAUUGUGCAUUUUUGUAUUUCCGUUGCAACUCUGUAGAACUUAUUAUGUAAAUUUACAUACAUCCAAGUCUUCUCAUUUUGGGGGUCUUUAUGAAUUAGCAUACUUGCUGGUUUCUGCCUGCUUCUGAUUA